GUCAUUGGUCUGUUCCCCUGUAGUUUCUCUUUCUUUUCCGGAGCUCAAACUAGCCUGGAGACGGAAAUACCUUGAAGUUCUGGAUUGGCAUCUGAGCAGGGGUGUCAGAAGUCCUGACAGGCAGACACAGGACCACAGCAAUUAUGGCUUCAGCAUUCAUGGCGAAUGUAAAGGAGGAAGUGACCUGUCCUAUCUGUCUGGACCUGAUGGUGGAACCUGUGAGUACAGAUUGUGGUCACAGCUUCUGCCGAGCCUGCAUCACACUGAACUACGAGUCCAUCAAAGGCAAAGAGGGAGAGUUCAUCUGCCCUGUGUGCCGAGUUACUUACCUGUUUGGGAAUCUGAGGCCUAAUCGACAUGUGGCCAACAUAGUGGAGAGACUCAAAGGGUUCAAGUCCAGUCCAGAGGAAGAGCAGAAGGUCAGUGUCUGUGCAAAGCAUGGAGAGAAACUCCAGCUCUUUUGUGAGAAGGACAAGGUGGCCAUCUGCUGGCUUUGUGAGCGAUCUCAGGAACACCGAGGACACCAAACAGUUCUCAUCGAAGAGGUGGCCCAUGAGUACAAGGAGAAGCUCCAGGCAGCUCUGAAGAAGCUGAUGGCAGACAAGAAAAAAUUAGAGAACUGGAAAGAUGAUCUUCAGAAGGAGAAAGCUUCCUGGGAGAACAAAAUUCAGAAAGAUGUAGAAAAUGUUCAGACAGAGUUUAGAAAACUGGGAGACAUUCUGGACUCUGAGGAGAAGAGUGAGCUGCAGAAACUGAUGCAAGAGAAGGAAGGCAUCAUGAACAGCCUGGCAGAGGCUGAAGAUAAACAUGCCCAGCAGAGCAAGUUACUAGGAGACCUCAUCUCAGAUGUGGAGCAUCAGUUGCAGUGCUCAACCAUGGAAAUGCUGCAGGGUGUGGAUGGCAUCAUAUCAUGGAGUCAUGCCUUUUCACUCAAGAGACCCAAAACUAUCCCCAAGGAACGAAGAAGAGUGUUCCGAGCCCCUGAUCUGCAAGGCAUGCUGCAAGUCCUGCAAGAGCUCAUAGAAGCCCAACGUUACUGGGUUCAAGUGACAUUGAUUGAAAACAACAAUCCAAACAUUGUCAUUACUGCGGACAAGAGACAAAUAAGAUAUGAAGACCAUCAAACAAGAAAUGUUGCAUCUGGGGGUCAGAACUGUCGUGAAGGUGUCCUGGGCUACCCUGCUAUCCAAUCAGGAAAACAUUAUUGGGAAAUGGAUGUGUCUGGAAAAGGUGCCUGGGUUCUGGGAUUAAGUGAUGGAAGCUACCUCUUCAAUCCGAUAUUUCAUUCAAAUGCUGAAAGAUGCCUAAAUCCUUUAUUUCGUUUGGGUAUCAGCAAUGACUCACAUUAUCAACCUAAAUAUGGCUUCUGGGUCAUAGGGUUGUGGAACAAGUUUGUGUAUAAUGCUUUUGAGGAGUGUACUUUCACAGGCAAGCCCAGGGUCUUGACCCUCUCGCUGAUGGUUCCUCCCUGUCGCGUUGGCGUUUUCCUUGACUAUGCAGCUGGCACGCUCUCGUUUUACAAUAUUUCCCACCAUGGGACUCUCAUCUAUAGAUUCUGUGCAAAUUCCUUUCCUGAUAGGGUUUUUCCAUAUUUUAAUCCUAUGGGAUGUUCAGAGCCAAUGACAGUAUGCUGGCCAGACUCUUAAACCUUCACCUGUUUCUGUGCAGGCUCUGGUGUGUAUCUUAUAUGCCUGAGCUCAUGGGUAGCAUUUUACCCUUUAAUAUAUACAUAUAUCUGCUGUCUCUAGUCUUCCUGUAUGAACAUCUUUCACUGCCAAAGAGGAUAUAGUCAUUUCUUUAGGCUAUAUUCUCAGUUCUUUGGUUUUUUUUAGGUGAGAAUAGUAAAUCAUUUCCCAUAUAUUCAAGGACAAAUGUUUGAGUCCUCUUAUUUAAGCUAACACUGCUGCCAAAUUCUUCUUUUAUUCUCCAUGCGAGAGAUGGAACCUAAGACCUUGUGCAUAAUGAAGAGGUGUGCCACCACUGAGCCACUUGCCUUACCUUUGCCAUGUCUCUGUAACCUCAUUGUAUUCAUCAAUGAAAGAAGAUAAAAUAAAAGUUUUCAACAACUUG